GCAUAAAAUUAAUUAAAUUCAUGAAACACUCCAUGACCGACUGGACCAAUAAAUAUUAAUGGUUAAUUGGUUAUUGUAGAUAAGAUGGCGGCUUGUAGCUUUAAUAACAGCAUCUAUGAUAACAGUGAUGAUAAUCAGGACAACACCUUCGUUCUAAGUACUUUCUUAGAGGUUGUUGAAGCUAUUCCACUUGCUAAAAGGUGGCAUUUCACUCCUAAUGCUUCUGAUAUGUUGCAAACAGCUGCAAAUGUAACUAGAUGCAUGACAGAUCCGGAGAAUAAUCACCAGCUAAGUGCAUUUUGUGGAGCUCUUGGUGGCAAAUUGAACCUCUGUUUUAAAUGCAGACAUGGAAAGUUUGACAAAGAUGCCAUGUGGGGUCUAUAUCACUAACUUCGCACUUCAGAUACCUUUAUAA